AUGACGCGUAUGAUCGUCCUGGCCGGCGCCCCGGAGUCGCACAAUCUCGAUUGGAGCGAAAAAUCCCUUCUCCCGGAACCCAUGCAUGUUGAGUCACUUCCUGUGCCGACAUCUCCUUCAUCCAAGGCAUUUGGUGCCCAAUGGCGACAGAUUACGACCCAACGACUUCAGAUGCGACCAGUCCUCCCCAAGCUCGAAAUCGAUGCGCGUCCGCCCGCAGAUGAGCGUGAUCGCAGUGGCGCCGACUUCUUCACGGCCGAGGAGUAUGUCGGCACGCAGACGCCAGGCAGCGAUGUCAGCGGCCACGAGUCUCAACCGUCAGGCGGGUCGACCGAAACGACCUCGGAGGCGUUGUCGGAUUACUACGACCACUCGUUUGCCAUCUACGAAGCCAUUCCUUCCUCACAGUUAUCCGGCUUCUCCGCUUACACGCCUGGCACGCCGACGUAUGAGAGCAACGACGAAAUGUUUCCCCAGGCUCCCGGCGGCGGCGGAGGAAUCAUCCGGACAGCCUCCCAAAGGCGACUGAGCCAAGCGCCCCGACCGAAACAUCUCAGCGAUCUAGAAGACAUCCCCAACGCCCGCUAUCUGGCGUCGAUCGAGCCGCAAACCAUGACGGUCAACCUCAUCGUGGCGGUCUUGUCCAUAGCUCCCGCACGGACGGUGAUCACGGGGUCGAAGUAUGGCAAGCCGCGGGAAACGGAUCUGGUGGAGAUGGUUGUGGGUGACGACACGAAGACGGGAUUCAGCGUCAGCAUGUGGCUACCACGGGAGAUGCGGGUGAAUUGGAAGGAUGGCGCAAAGUCCGCUCCCGAAGGGUCACGAAGUUUGUUGCGACGGAGUCUACGGGCACUACGACCGCGCGACGUGGUACUGCUGCAGAACGUGGCCUUGAGCUCGUUCAGGGGCAAAGUGCAUGGACAGAGCUUGAAAGGUGACGUGACCAAGGUCGAUCUGCUCUUCCGCAAAAAGGUGGACGACGACGAUCUUGGCGGAAUCUACUCGGCGUCGAAUCUGCGCACAGCCUCGAGCCGUGAUCCCCAGAUAUUGAAAGUCAAGAAGGUGCGGGAUUGGCUGAUGGAGUUUGUGGGGGAUCGAGAAGCUCCGGCCAAGGGGCGACGGGGAGGCGCAGCCUUGAGGCGUGAUUAUGGCUUUCUACCAGAUGACACCCAAUGA